GUCUGGAGCGCGCGUGUGUUGUGAAAGGGUGUCGCUGUGCACGCUGCCGGAGGAGCUUCACAUCGAUGUGUCGAGGUCUUUAAACACAGUGUAGUCUGCAAACACACUGUCACAGUGGUAGAGAGAGAGGGAGAUCGCGCUGGAUCCGACCCCGCAACAAUUCUGAUACAAUGUGUCCGAUGCUUCACUUUCCGAUACAAUGUGUCCGAUGAUUUACUUUGCUCGCGCGCUGCUCUGAUCGCGUUGUUUUUAUGGAGACAGUGUAUCGGCGUCCUAAAAAACGGUCAACCGGGAAAUGGUAACACAUGAACCUCCUCACUGGAAGGAACAUGGUUGAGAGGAGCAGUAAAUUUCUGUUCAUCGUUGUCGGCUCGGUUCUGUUCAUGCUGAUUCUGUAUCAGUACGUGGCCCCGGGGAUGAUGAACUUCGGAUCUCCGCACGGUUACGCGCUGGAGGACGAUGCGGAUCUCUUCCCGACUCCCGAUCCACAUUACGUGAAGAAAUACUAUUUCCCCAUCCGAGCUCUGGAGCGCACUGUGGAUUUUGAAAUCAAAGGGGAUGAUGUGAUCGUGUUCCUCCACAUCCAGAAGACCGGUGGCACGACGUUCGGGAGGCAUCUGGUCCAGAACGUCAGGCUGGAGGUACCGUGCGACUGCAGACCGGGGCAGAAGAAGUGUACCUGUUACCGACCCAAUAGGAAAGAGACGUGGCUCUUUUCUCGCUUCUCCACCGGCUGGAGUUGUGGCUUACAUGCGGACUGGACCGAACUCACCAACUGCGUGCCGGGUGUUUUGAACAAGAAAGAGAACAGGAUGAAAAACCAAAGGAAGUUCUACUACAUCACGCUGCUACGAGACCCCGUGUCUCGCUACCUGAGCGAGUGGAGGCACGUCCAGCGCGGAGCCACGUGGAAAACCUCCCUGCACAUGUGCGACGGGCGAACGCCCACGCCCGACGAGCUGCCAUCCUGCUACGACGGCACCGAUUGGUCGGGCUGCACGUUACAGCAAUUCAUGGACUGUCCGUACAACCUGGCGAACAAUCGUCAAGUGCGCAUGCUGGCCGACCUCAGCCUGGUGGGCUGCUAUAACAUGUCCUUCUUUCCGGAGAAAAAGCGUGCCCAAGUAUUGCUAGAGUCGGCCAAGAAGAAUCUUCGAGAUAUGGCCUUCUUCGGUCUCACCGAAUUCCAACGAAAAACUCAGUACUUGUUCGAACGGACCUUCCGCCUCAAGUUCAUCCGGCCCUUUAUGCAGUACAACAGCACGCGGGCUGCAGGCGUAGACCUGGACAACGACACGAUCCAGCGCAUCGAGGAGCUGAACGACUUGGACAUGCAGUUGUACGACUACGCCAGGGAUCUUUUUCAGCAACGCUACAUGUACAAGCGACAAAUCGAACGACGAGAGCAGCGUCUCAAAAACCAGCCGCUCUUUCCGUUUCGCCGGAUGGCCAUCGCCGACCCUAAUUCCAGGGACGACAUGCCUGAGUAUGAAGCGUUGCGCUUGCCCACGGAGGACUAUAUGAAUCACAUCCUCAACCGUUGGUAGCAGUGCCGGGGGGAGGGGGAUGAUGGGAAAUCCAUGAGGAAGAGGCAGCGAUUCCCAGGUCAGGUCAUGAGGGAGAUAACUGUAGAGAAGGAGACAGAUCUUUAGCGCCACCAUGUUGUCCUUUGACAAGUCGUACACGGCCCUCCCCCCUACUGUUGUCCUUCUGAGGACUACAAAUGCAGGAAGCAUUGGCGCUGAAUCUGUCUUUAAGACCGAUCACGUGCCUGAUGUCAGAAACGUGACUGACUAACUGAAAGCACUGAACCUGGAUUUAGACAUUUACAGAUUUUCAGACAUUUACAGAUUUUCAGACAUUUACAGAUUUUCAGACAUUUAAAGACUUCUGUGGACUGAAGAAAAAAACAAAAAUAGAUUAUGGGAAUUAUAUUCACUGCAGAUUUUAAAGAAUGAACGGAAUGGAAUUGUAUAGAGGUGUUUGCUUAAAUGUCUGCUCACGGCUUUCAGCCAUGAAUUUGUGACGAUAACAGUCUCUAUUUUUGUUUUUAGUUUAUUAUGAUUUUUAUUUCUUUUUGUUCUUUUUUUUAAAGGGGUUUUAUUGUCACUUAAAAAAGAGAUAUACUCUCACAGCACUGAGACCAACAGAGCUGCCUAACUCUUAUUGGAUGCAAUUUAUUAGCUUUUCAUAAUCAGUGAUGACUUGAAAAAGUCUGUUCUGGUGUUCAUUUUUUAUUUCGAUGCACAGACAGACAGCGCUUGGACCAUAGCCAUUUUUAAGCUUUCAGCAUACUGUAUGAGAAACCGGUGAGCUAAGUGUACUAAUAUAAUCUUACCGAUGCCUGAUGCUAUUGGCCGAGACAAAAUCUUGGUUGUCGUGGCAUCGAGCCUAGGCAUCCAAUCCAGGCUGUGUCUUAGUAGCUGAGCUGUGGCUAUUAUGCUUAAAAUGGAAGCUGAUGGAGACCCAAAGAGGUAAUAGUGUCUUAUUUUACACUUAGUGGGAGGGAUGUGCUGUGUUUCUGAGCGGGGAGAAUUGUGCGCUAUAUGGAGAUGAAAUAAUAAGGUUGACUCUGUAAUGACGCCUGUGUGUCAGUCAAUAACAGGAGCGUUGUAGAGUUGUGUGCGGGAGAGUGAGAGGGAGAGAAAGAGCUCACGAAAGCCAAGAGCCGAAGGAAGAAGCAGCAGACGCAGCCUUUAUAAAUGUCACCAUCAUUCCCAAUUCCCAGGGACUACUCAAUGUUUUGUAUGCGUAUGGAUGAAGAAUGUUCGUAUGUGUAUAUACUUCGAGUGUUUAAACGUUCUUUAAGACUGGACGUUCUUAGUAUGCAAGUGUAUUAUCAGAUUUUGAAGCCCUAUGAAUGUGUGUGUGUGUGUGUGUGUGUGUGUGCGUGGGUGUGUGUGUGUGUGUGUGUGUGUGUGUGCGUGCGUGCGUGCGUGCGUGUGCGUGUGCGCACGCGUUUGUUCCACAAUCUCUUGCCAUGGUCCUCAGGGACUGAAGCUAUUGUUAGUAAGGGGACUAGAAUGAUGUCACAUAAUUCCCCUUAUGCAAGUCUUUGCUAACUCAGAGUUGUCUGUUGUUAAAGGAAUAGUUCUCACCAUUUCGGUCUAUACAGUGUAAGUGAAUGGGGACUGGAGCUGUUAUGUUCCAAAAAUGACCAAAAGCACCAUAAGGUAAAGUUCCAAGUCCUGAAGAAUCUCUUUAUUGGUCAUUUUUUUGUCAGUUUUGGACCUCAGCUGCCCGCCCAAUAUGGAGGACUAAACCUGCAAAAAUUAUAAAUAAAUAAAUGUAUAAAUAUAUAAACUAAUAAAUGUAAAAAUAUGAAAAUAAAUAAAGGAAUGAAUGGUUUAAUAAAAUAAAAUAAUUCGUUUGAGCUAUUAUUGAUCUUAGUUUUAACUCUUUUUUUUUCAUUUUUUCAAUUGAUUUAUUAUUUUUGUGUCCAUUUUUUAUUUCUUUUUUAUUAUUUUAAUUUUUAAUUUUUAGAUUAUUUUAUUUAUCAUUUCCUUUUAUUUUUACAUUUAUUUAUUUAUACGUAUUUUUAUACGUAUUUAUACAUAUUAUUUAUUAUCGCAUGUAUUUAUUUCCACUUUUAUUUAUUUAUUCUUGAAUUUAUUCUUACUUUUCUGUGUCUUGUAUGAUAAUUAGAUAGGUUGGUCUUGCCUACUAUUGGUUCAGCGUAGAUUGAAGCGUUUGAUCGAUUACUCUUGACUUGUUUUGGACUUACGUCACGUCACUCACUGAUCGUUUGCUUCGUGUAUAACGUUAAGUCACUAUGGCGGGCGCACAAUGAGUUAGAGAGUUACAGCAUUUAGCCAAUGAAGUCGAUAACCAUGCAUCAAAUGACUAUGUGCCAUUUAGAUUAGAUGCGCUUAUUGAUGUUUUAUUACAGAUUGACGGCGAGAUAAAUGAAAAAGUUCUUCAAAAUCUGUGCUAGUCAGAGGGUGCUAUGGUGGUGUUACGGUUCAACUGGUGAAAAUCAUAAAGCACAAAAUGUAAUUAGGUUUAACUACACAGAUGAGCUUGUGAACCGAAGUCGCAAGCUAACUCGUUGUCAACGUGACAGUUAUAAGCAGCCUUUCGGUUAGAAAAAGCUUAAAAAUUUUAUGUAACAUUACAAUGAAUUGAGACAUAGUGAACUUAAGUCACAAGUUAACACGGUAGUAAUGAGCAUCGUUCUUUCACUACAGGGCCAUCAAAUGGAAACCAUUCCUUCUAAAAAGACGUGGUUACUAAACUGUACUCGUAAACUUUACUACAUUUCAUAAGAGAUAAAUAACACAGAGGUCACAAGUUAACACAGGCAUAUUCCCUAGAUUCAUCCAGCUGCAUAUUGUUGUGACAUCUUGAUAUUAUUGCAAAGAUCCGCAGCAACUAUCGUUGCGAAAUAGGUUAGUGUGAUUGUUACCGUAGUAACACGCUGCCUCGCUUUAUUGCAUGGGUUCAAAUCCCGUGUCAAUUCGCUUUAUUAAUUUUUACACCUCGCUUCAGCCGUUACGGGCGAUCAUACCAAUCAUUUGCAAUCUUAACAAGAAUGUCAAAAUCAUGUAACAAGAAAGUCUGUGUUUAUUAGACAUCUUAAUAUUCAGUCGUCUUGUGCUUUCAGAAUCGACGAAUCUGCUGAGGUCGUUCAUGCACCUCUUUGGCAGAGGACCUGUAACCGGAACUUGGUCACCACCUUAGCACCCUCUGACCAGCACAGAUUUCGAAGAACUUUUUCAUUUAUCUCGCCGUCAAUCUGUAAUAAAACAUCAAUAAGCGCAUCUAAUCUAAAUUGCACAUAGUCAUUUGAUGCAUGGUUAUCGACUUCAUUGGCUAAAUGCCGUAACUCUCUAGCUAAUUGUGCGCCCGCCAUAGUUACUUAACGUUAUACACGAAGCAAACGAUCAGUGAGUGACGUGACGUUAGUCCAAAACAAGACAAGAGUAAUCGAUCAAACGCUUCAAUCUACGCUGAACCAAUAGUAGGCAAGACCAACCCAUCUAAUUAUCAUACAAGACACAGAAAAGUAAGAAUAAAUUCAA